AUGGAUUUUCAUGUCCAUUUGGUAGAUGCAAACCCGCAUCGACUGACAGAUCAGCUCGAACAAAUCUCCUCAAUGAUGGUUAUGCACGUCGAGAAGAAGCAGUCCACCCCGCACUUUCAUCCUAGCAAGGCUACUGCAGUCCUCACUACGAAGCACUUAAAUUCAGAAGAUAAGCCUGUCGUGUUUCAGGAGCAUGCCAUGAGUGGUUUUAAAUGGUCUGAGGUGGUUUGGUACAAUGUAGUCGUAUUGACCGCGUGGCACGUCGGCGCAAUCUAUGCACUGUUUUUUGUGAUGCCAUAUUGUUCGCUAUUGCAUUUGUUUGUGCUAUGGAUCCUGCUCUGGAUUGUGUCUGGUCUGGGCAUCACGGCAGGAGCGCAUCGGUUAUGGUCGCAUCGGUGCUACAAAGCCAAGCAACCUUUGCGUGUGUUUCUUAUGUUGUGUAAUUCCAUGGCGUUUGAAGGCUCGAUUUUUGAAUGGUCCCGUGAUCAUCGUGUGCACCACAAAGGCUCUGACACGACUGCUGAUCCACACAACUCGGAGCGCGGCCUGUUCUUUUCGCACAUGGGUUGGGUAAUGGUACGCAAACACAAGAAUGUGCGUGAAGCUGGAAAAAAGCUUGAUUUUACGGACUUGCUGGCGGAUCCAAUCGUCACAUUUCAGCUGAAGCACUAUAUGAAGACUGUGCUGCUUAUGUGUUAUUUAGUACCGACGGCCAUUGGAUACUAUAUGGGUGAAGCGUGGGCUGGAUUUUGGGUGGGCGGUGUUUUUCGUCAUGUUUGGGUACUGCAUAUGACUUGGAUGGUAAAUAGUGUGGCCCACUUCUUUGGCUACAAGCCAUACGAUAUUAAAAUUAAACCGGUGGAAAACCUUAUUGUGGCUAUUGGAGCAUUAGGGGAAGGCUAUCACAACUAUCAUCACAAGUACCCAUCUGACUACGCAACAAGCGAGUGGGGUAUCCUCAGUGGACAAUUUAAUCCGACCAAGGCCUUCAUCGAUUUCAUGGCCUUAUUAGGUCAAGCAUACGAUCUUAAGCGUAGCCGUACCGCUGCCACAACUCGUGAGCGCUUGGCGAAACAAUUGCACGAAGACUCCAUGAAAUGUAGUCCAGAUCCGGUCAUAUCCUGGUGGGACCACCAAUUAAACCGGUUCUUCUUUGGCAAAUCUGAAGCCCACGUUUUUCAUUAA